CUUCAUUUGACGUAAAACCAGACCACGGUACCAAUGACCGAGUCCGAAGCAGGUGUACCCAUCAUCAUCCCCCUGGUAAUGAUACGUCUUUAAACGCUGGAGCGAUCUAGAUUGCCUGCAGACAUCCAGUCGCAAAGAGGAAUUAGAUACGCUGAAGAUUGACAUGAUUCACUCUCGGGGUAGGUCCGACGAGAAGUAAGGAGAGGUAGAAGCCCGAUGGAGUUUGGGAUAACUGGAACGGUCGUGACAGAAAGAAAUGGCAGUGGGUGCUUAGACCCAAAUACGACAAGUUAAGUGUCGCAACCGCUGUAGGUCCGGGGCUAUCGGCCUGCUUGCUAGCCGAGGAAAAGCGGCAGAGUGUGUGCACAACCUAGCUCUAGACCGCGCAUAGGUUUUAAGCUUGAGGCGAUUGCUCAACAAGGACGAGAUGUCUCUGGCACAGCAUGGAUAAUAAAACGGUGGCUGAUGGUAUCGCGACGAGCAGGAGAAGAAUGCGCUGGGUUGUGAGCUGACGUGAUUAUUGGCAAGCGAGAUGGGCCUGUGGGACCUCACAGCCUCAGGUCUUCCAUUACCAGCCAACAGUCUUGAGCCACAUUCUAUGGCCCACAUAAGAUAAGUCAAGCCACAUGUGAUCCAACGUUGGUUUUGGAGAAAUCCAAGAACAAGACGUCAACUUCAUUCUUUCACCGUUCCAUUAUUUCAAAGUCGCAAGGUUUCCAAGCACGCAGAUCGAUCCCAAAUGGCUAGCAAAGACACAAAGGAAGACAAGGAUGCGCUAGAUGCUCUCGAGCUCGAAGCCAAGGAAUUUGACAAGGAUGCUGAGAUCGACCGUAUCUUGAAAGCCUUUCGACUUGAUGCCUACGCUGUUCUGGAUCUCCAGCCUGGUGUCCCCGACUCAGACAUCAAGGUCACUUACCGCAAGAAAUCCCUACUCAUCCAUCCUGAUAAGACAAAGAACCCGCUGGCCCCGGAUGCUUUCGAUCGACUAAAGAAGGCUCAGACUGAGCUCAUGGAUGAAAAACACCGCGAACGACUAGACGAGGCUAUUGCGGACGCGCGCAUGCUCCUCAUGCGUGAGAAUAAAUGGACUGUGGACAGUGAAGAACUCAAGACAGAAGAUUUCCGAAAGAUGUGGCGCGCAAAGGCGCGAGACGUCCUCAUUGACAACGAACACCGCCGGCGCCGACAGAUGAAGGCCCAACUCCAAGAGGAAGGCCGCGAGCAACGACGCACCGAUGCCGAGUUGGAGGAGCGCAAGCGCAAGCGCCAGCAUGAGCAAGAUUGGGAAUCUACCCGGGAUGAGCGGAUCAGCAGCUGGCGACAGUUUCAGAAAGGACCGGGUGGCGAUAAGAAAAAGAAGAAGAAGCUCAAGCCUAUCGGCUGAUAGCCUGAUGAGAUUUGCGACGGAGUUUACUUUGAUGACAGCACGAAAGGGACACGGCUACACUACACACAUUGUUGCGCUGGUAUGUGAGUUAAUUGAUAACGAUGAACGGUUUGGACUCUAA